CGCAGCGGGAGGCCUUCUUGCUCCCUCCCUGGGGUCGGUGCCUGCAGCCAGCAGAGCGAAGGGGCCUCCCUAAAGAGUUGGAAUUUGGAGGGAAUUCCUCAUAUACAAGCUUCCAUCUCUUCCUGUCUCAGCUGGACAACUUUUUCAGACUGUCUCUUCCCAGAAUGUCAGGAGAGAUCACAGCAUUGGCUUACCAUGCUCCAAAAGAACAAGAAGAACUUAUAAUUGUGAAGGUUGAAGAAGAGAAUUAUGUUUGGGGGCAGGACUUUGGCCUUCAGAGGAACUCCCAGAGCCAAGAGUUCUUCCGACUGCGUUUCAGACAGUUCAGUUACUCUGACUCCAGUGGGCCCAGAGAAGCUCUGAGCAAGCUCAGGGAGCUUUGCUGUCGAUGGCUGAAACCAGAGGCACACUCCAAGGAGCAGAUAUUGGAGCUGCUGGUGUUGGAGCAGUUCCUGGCCAUCCUGCCUGAGGAGCUGCAGGGCUGGGUGCGAGAGCAGGGGCCAGAUGAUGGAGAGGAAGUUGUGACUCUGUUGGAGGAGCUGGAGAAAGAACUUGAUGAACCAAGGCAACAGGACUCUGCUCAUGGCCAGGAAAUGAUCUGGAAGGAAACGACACGCACAGGACCUCUGAAGUCUCUAAGUAGCCCACUUCAGCAUUUGGAGAACCAGUGCAAGAGUGAGACUCAGGAGCUCCAAGUUUUCCAUGAGAGAGAUGGCAAGAUGGUGGCUGACAAAGUGUUGACAGAAAAGCAAGAAAUUGUUGAAUGUGUAGCCUCAACUGCUCUGAUAUCUCCAGGAAGACUUACUGGGGAAAUUGCUUCAGUACAGAUAGUUGAAGAAACUUUGGGAGGUCGGGACAACUCUGAGAAGCAAAGGGGAAGUGCUGCAAGGAACAAAAUGAGUCAGCUCCCUUCCCAGGAAAGACAGUACAGUUUGGCAACCUUCAACAAGAAAAUCCCCACAGAGCAGAGUGUCCUUGAGGGUCAUGGAACUGAAGGAAAUCUCAGUCUGAACUCAAAUGAUAUUAUACGGCAGAGAAUUCACACAGGGGACAAGCUCUAUCAGUGCUUUGACUGUGGGAAAACCUUUUGCCAGAGCUCAAAGCUGAUUAGACAUCAGAGAAUUCAUACUGGAGAGAGACCUUAUGCAUGUAAAGAAUGUGGCAAAGCCUUCAGUUUGAGUUCAGACCUUGUUAGACAUCAGAGAAUACAUAGUGGCGAAAAACCAUAUGAAUGUUGUGAAUGUGGAAAAGCUUUCAGGGGCAGCUCAGAGCUCAUUAGGCAUCGGAGAAUUCACACUGGAGAGAAACCUUAUGAGUGUGAGGAAUGUGGGAAAGCCUUCAGCAGGAGCUCAGCUCUUAUUCAGCAUAAGAAAAUUCACACUGGCGAUAAAGGCUACGAAUGUAUUGAAUGUGGUAAGGCUUUUGGUAGGAGCUCUAUCCUUAUUGAGCAUCAGAGAAUUCACACUGGAGAGAAACCUUAUGAGUGUAAUGAAUGUGGAAAAUCCUUUAAUCAGAGCUCAGCCCUUACCCAGCACCAGAGAAUCCAUACUGGGGAGAAGCCUUAUGAAUGUAGUGAAUGUAGGAAAACAUUUAGGCAUAGGUCAGGUCUUAUGCAGCAUCAAAGGACACACACCAGAGUUUAACUCUGAAGAAGAGUUGUACAAUUGUGAAAUGCAAGGAAUUUGCUUUGAGGAUGAGACUCAACAGAAGAUAGAAUUUUCUUGAGAGCAGGGUGAUUGUCCUUCCAGCCCAAUUCAGUUCUGUAAGAGGACAUGGUUGUUAUGAUUGUUAAGGGUAAAAUGAAAGAAUUUUUUAAAAGAAUUCAGGUCUUCUCUGAAAAGAAUGGUGAGUAUUUUCUAGAAAUGCCUAACUAUCUGCACAAGGUCUCUCAUGAAUACCUCCUUCACCUACUCUUCACCAACCCAGAUAAAACUGCCACUGGGCACCUUCACAGUAAGUCCAGAACUCCUUACAUGAUGGCAAGGAUAGGAUCCCUGCUCAGCAUAUGUGCAUUUGGCAGGUGAAGGCAUGUGCUGAGAGUUAUUCAACUACCUGAAAUGUUGACAUGUAUGGUUGUGAAAUGUUGAAUUAUGUCCUGGAUCAGUUUAAAAGCAUCUGAGGCAGUUUGAUAUUAUCUGAGGAAUGUUGGCUCAUUCUUCUCAUGUCCCAUUUCUCUCCACAACCUGUGAUUCCUACGGAGGUCACUUCAACUCUGCUUAUUUAUUAAGCACUUGCUGUGUUUAGCCAUCUGGGGCAGAUAUGGUCAUUACUGUUCCAGAGUUAAGGGUUAAUGGAAUAUACAUAUUUAUUAAAUAAGUAAGUAAAGUGAAAUAAGUGCUUUGAUAGGCUAAAUCCAGGAUUCUAUUGAAGUACAUGGCAGGGCUAACUUACCUGGUCUCUAAAGACUUCUUGGAUGUGAUAACAUCUCAGUUGAGACCUAAACUGUAGAAGUUAGCCAGAUCAAGAGCAGAAGAAAGCAGAGAUUACAGCACAUACAUGGCAUGAAAAUAAGAGAAUCUGGAGACAUCAGGACUCCACUCCAGCAGGAAUUAGUUGUCAUAGACUGUGACUCAGAAGUCAGGACAUAUGCCUAGAAGACCUGUUGGUUUUUCUCUUCCUGUUUAUAAUCACUAUACAGACCUAGUGACCUAUUAAAUCUUCAAGUACUCAGAAUUAGGGUGGUAGAAGACUCCGGUACAUCUUAUGGAAACAGGCAUGAUGCACACCAAGUAAAGAAAACACAUUGGAGGCUAAAUAGAAACAGUGGGGUCUGGAGUGUGUUCCAUGACCCUGAGGCUCAGGAAAUGGGAUACUUCCAGGGACACAGCAAUGAGAAGUUUGCCUUCCCAGACCCUGCUAUUCUUCAUUCCUUGAUCCUUCCCCUCAGCACCAGGUUUGCAAACCCUGAGCCACUUGAAGGCAAUAAAUAUUUGUUGACUUAACCACAUUUCUCAAAAUUAUACUUCCCUAUUUUUUACUUUGGCAGUUUUGCUUAACCCACAAUUGUUGAGGGCAAUUAAUACUUAAGUAUCAUUUUUUUUGAAGACUUGGUGUUCAUAGCUAUUGUGGGUAAGAGAUGAAAUUGGGAAGGAUUUUUGUGCCCAAAGGUUGCACAGUUGUCAUUGAGAUCAACCAUAAGUUUAAAUGGAUCCUUCACAUGGAAUAGUGAGUUGCCUUUUCCUGUAGGUGACAAUCAUGUAAUUUAAUGUUUUAAACACCAUUUGAUGGUUUUUCCUUAUUGCAAAUGUUGAUAAUAUAGGAAGUACAAACUACCCACAAUUCUUUUACCCAUAGAAACACUGUUAAUAUUUUAGAGUACUUUGUUUUUCCCCCCAAUCCUAAUAUUUUUGGCAAAAAUCUUGUAAAUAAAUUAGUUACUAAUUUUAACAUGUUGAGUAGACACUUUAAUUGCUUAGUAUAAGAAUGUAAUGCAAGAUGUAAUAAAAUUUGAGCUUUAAAGUUUUGUUUUGAAAUUAUUCAUUCAGGAAUAGGGAGCACACUAACAUGAAUAGAGACAGGGUAGGAGGCAAAGUGGUUAUAGGAAUAAUUCAGGGAAUUAGUGUUCUCAGUUUCUAUAUUCUGGGCCAAAGUGUCAGGAAAUUAUGACAUCUAGUCUCUAGGAUUGCAGUUCGCCAGCAAAGUCACAAGACGGAACAUCUGGUGGUGGU